AUGAUGUCCACCCUCAGCCUCAACAUCAGUAUUGUGAACCACCAAAUCUUUGUCCUCGUGGGCAUCCCUGGCAUGGAGGAGGAGAACUCUUGGAUGGCCUUCCCUCUCUGUCUGCUCUACAUCCUGACUCUCUUUGGAAAUGUGCUCAUUCUCUUUGUUAUCAAGACAGAUCGGAGCCUUCACGAGCCCAUGUACCUCUUCCUCUCCCUCCUCGCCUGCUCGGACUUGGGUGCCACUUUGUGCACCAUGCCCACGAUGCUGGGUGUUUACUGGUUUGGCUUCAAAGAGAUCUCCUUCAAUGCCUGCAUCGUUCAGAUGUUCUUCAUCCACCUGUUCCAAUGGACAGAGUCUGGCAUCCUGGUGGCAAUGGCUUUGGACCGAUCCGUUGCCAUCAAAAACCCUCUGAGAUACACUUCGCUUCUCUCAAAUACAGUAAUCGGAAAAAUCGGACUAGCCAUAUUGGCAAGAGGUUUCUGUGUCUGUUUCCCUGCCCCGUUCCUUAUCAAACGACUCCCCUUCUGCGGGUCCAACAUGCUAUCUCACUCCUAUUGUCUCCACCAGGAUAUCAUGCAUUUGGCCUGUGCAGACACUACAGUCAAUAUGUUGUAUGGUUUGAUUAUAGUCAUUUGUACAUUAUGUUUGGAUGUCGCGAUCAUUCUAGUUUCUUAUGCCCUGAUCCUGAAGACCGUGCUGAGCGUUGCCUCCCGUGAAGAACGUUCCAGGUCUUUGAACACCUGUGUCUCCCAUAUCUGCGCCAUCUUGAUUUUUUAUAUGCCAAUGGUUGGUGCCAGUGUAGUUCAUCGGGUUGGACGGCACCUGUCUCCCAUGGUUCACAUGAUGAUGGCCAACAUCUACAUUGCGGUCCCACCUGUUCUUAAUCCCAUUGUUUACAGUGUGAAAACAAAACAAAUUCGACAAAGGAUCUGCAAAAUGUUCCAGCAAAACAAAAUCAGGAGCUGA